ACACAGUGAAUGAUGAAGAUGUUAGUUGCAAACCUGCUGGUGAUUUUCUUGGCUGCCGUUCAUGCGGCUCCAGAGUCUCGCAUAGUUGGCGGGGUGAAAGCCGACAAGGGUGAGUGGCCCUGGCAGAUGGCGUUGUAUGCUUCUGGCAGAUUUAGCUGUGGUGCUUCAAUUGUGGCUGCGACUUGGGGAGUCACAGCUGCCCACUGCGUUGGAGGACUUCCUGUUACUUACAAAAUUCUGGCCGGCACAAACACCAACAACUUGAUUUGUUCGGUUGGUCACUGUGUUACCAGGUCUCUGAGGAACGCUACAAGACACCCGGAAUACAGUGGAAGUGGAGCUUUAGGCUAUCCCAACGACAUUGCCUACAUAUCAUGGGCGGAGCCUAUUAAUGAAGUUUCAACAGUCAACAUGACGGUCAAAUACGUUCAAAGAGCCACCUCAACCAACUAUGUUGGCAAAAACUGCUACAUUACUGGAUGGGGAAGAUUGAUAGGGGGUGGAGUUUUGCCAAAAGAUCUCGUGGAAUCAAAAAUUGAUGUCAUCACUAAGGAACAAUGCCAGGCUAAAUGGGGAUCCAGAAUUACAGACAAGCACGUGUGCGUUCAUGAUUUGAAAGAUUACUCUUCAGGCGCAUGCAAUGGUGAUUCUGGCGAUCCUCUGGUCUGCGAGGACUCACCAAAAGUGUGGAAGCUGGUUGGAGCAACGUCGUGGGGCUCAGCCGGUUGUGGAACUAGCAUGCCAUCCGUCUACACUAGGAUUUCAUCCUACAACCAGUGGCUCGAUUCCCAAGCAAAACCUUAAGUUACAAGGCUCUUAAUCCGGAAUUCUGUUUUUAAGAAACUGCAGUGAAAUGCUUUUUCAAUAAUUGACAAUUAUUUUAAUUUUUGGAAUUUUAAUUAUAGACAUUUAAUAUUUGGAAUAAUAAAUAUAUCUUAAAACUCUUA